AUGAACGAACCCUCCACAUUCGUCUCUCCGCUCUUCAUUCUCCUUGCUUCCAUUCCCGGCUUGACCUGGCAGAACCUGUGCCCGGAUCCCGGUGACAUCCUCCCCUGCACCUCCGCCGGAGCCGACGCGGACAACGUGAUCGUGGACUGCUCUGCGGUCGCGUCGAGUGAUCAGAUUUUCUCCACUUUCAAUGACGCGGAGUUCCGACUAUACGAAAACCCGGCGGUGAAAGAGAUCCCAGAAGGCGCGUUCGGCGAGAUCUCCUUCAAGGUCAUCGACCUCCAAGCGUCGGCCGUGGGCAGCGUGCACCCCUCGGCACACAUCCCCUCCGGGGACCGCCUCCACACCCUGUUCGUCUGGUCCAGCGCCCUCGCGGAGUUCCCGUGGGACGCCCUGGAGCGACUGACGCGGCUGGAGGUCCUCUGGCUGGAAGCGAACGCCUUGACGACGUUGGGGUCCUUCCAGAGCUCCAGUCUUCAGAUCCUCCAGGUUUCCGUCAAUCAGAUCGCCUCGUCGCAGGCUGGUUGUCAGUGCCUAAAUAGAAGCAACGCUAUGUCGACGGAGGUAUUCGUCUCAUGCUCCGAUGACGCGGAUGGUAUUCAUCGGAUUCACCUCCAGGUUGGAAUCCGAUGUCGGAAAUCUUGCUUCGACGACCUGGAGACCUUUGAAGAAUUUUCCUGUUCGAGAUGCAGCCUGGGCUCGACCCUGUUCGACGGUUCAUUCCAGCUUCGCAGUCAAAAUGUCCAGUCCCUGUAUUUAGAUAAUUUCAUCGCAAGCCCGGAAUCGCACGCAAUCACAGGCUUCUCAGUCAACGCGUUCAUCGGUCUGUCAUUCAACGCAAUCGCGGAGUUAAGGGAGGGGUCCUUCCGCCCGAUGCUGGAGGUCGUGCCGCAGGGGAACUGUUACCUCUCUUUCUACGCAAAUCCGAUCGCGUGCGACUGUAGCAUGGACUGGAUCGUCCUCCGCCCCGACUUCCUGCAGAGCGUGGAGGGCCACUGCACCGACGGGACGGAGUUCCACAACCUCGACCCCCAGGACUUCCUGGGCUGCCUCGCGAUGUGACGCUAGCUCGAUUGGAGGAUUCCUGCUGGCUAUAGGAUGGACUCACCCCAAGUCUAGUGGUCAUUUAUGCGCAACAUUUCCAUUCCGUGCCUUUCGAUGUUCCUUUUUUUUAAAAAGAAAAAUGCAUCCAUGCCGCACAUG